AUGACGAACAUAGUAUGCUCCAGCUUGCUAUUUCAAUCGAUGAGCGCAAUCACGGCCCAUCUUCAUCGCUCAUUCUGGUCCUGCAUCGCACUUCGUUCUUUCCUAAUGCUCUGUUCAAAGCAUCUCCGCACCAGUUCACAACAGGCAUAUCAACGCGCCGGUUCGAUGGCCACAUCAUAA